AUGCGCAAGUGGCUCCUACGUGCACAAGAGUUCAAGUGCUGUGGGCAGUAUGGAAAGGAAGAGCCUCCAAGCCAUGCGAAAGAGAUCCUAGAGGCCAAGAACCUGCGCCUUUUCUAUCAACUCAAUGAAGCUGCUGGGUCCCCAGACCAGGGAUUAGCAGAGAACAUGGCCAAGGGCUUCGACCUCAUGGGGCCAAUUCCAACAGGUGGCAUUUUUCCUCAGAAGGAAAUGGCUGACAUUUCCAAGCAUGCCAUUUGGAGGGCGACUGGAAAAUGCAAGGACGAGGAUCUUGCAAAAGACGUCCAUCAAAUCACCCUUGAGGAGCGCGACAGAGGCUGGUUGAAGGGCCCCUUUUCUUUGUCAGAACCCCCAGUGGGGGCAAUAUUAACUCAGAGAUUCGGUGUCAAACAAUCCACCACCUUGUCCAACGGGAGCAGCACCUACAAGACGAGGCCCAUUGAUGACUUCUCUGAGUCCUUGGUGAACUCCACGAACUCAAUGGAUGAGACCAUUCAACCAAUGGGCAUUGACAUGGUUUUGGCGGCCUUGGCCCUGCGGUUCCGUUCCUGGGGUCCAGAAGAGUUGCAAGGUAAAACCAUUGACCUCAGGAAGGCGUGCAAAAACUUGCCCGUAUCUAAGAGUGCCUUCAACGACUCCUUCAUCUGUGUCAUGGACCCGGACUCGUCAGAACCUCAAGCAUUUCAGAGCCAGGUACUUCCCUUUGGUGCCAGAGCAGCGGUCAUGGGGCUUUGCCUGGUGUCUUUUGCGUUGUGGCUGAUUGGAGUCGUCAUCUUCAAGUUGCACUGGACAGUUUCCUUCGACGAUUUCUACUUGGUUGCAUCAAAGGCUGAGACCAAGCAUGUAGACAUGACGCAGCAGCUCUUCUUUCAGCUUGUUGGCUGGGAGGUAUCUUCUGAGAAGGAGGCAGAGUUUAACUCUUUGGCCAGGAUUUUGGAAGUGCAGAUUGACCUGAACGAAUCGUUGCUGGGUACACGCGUCAAAGACUUGGUUUCUGCAAUCGGUGGUGUCCUUGAGCGUGGAACCUUGUCCACCGCUGGGAUGAGUGUGCUUCGUGGGAGGCUUGUCUUUGCGGAGGCACAAAUCCACGGAAGACUCACUGGCAUCCACAUGCAGCAGUUGACCCGAUGGGAACAUGCAGGGGGUGACGCGCCCCUGGAUGAUGAUGUCAGAGACAACCUUGUCUUCUUGAAAGAGCGAGUGGUUCUUGGUGGGCCCAGGCGAGUCAUAGCUGAGCUUGGACGGGUCUUCCAUUUGUACACGGAUGCCUGUUACGAGAAUGGAACAGGUGGGCUUGGUGGUGUUCUGAUGGGCAGGGCACCCAGCUUUCAUAUUUCUCUGCCAGAGUCGAUGAAAGCCAAGUUGCAGUCCUGA